AUGGAUACGGAUGUGAUUAGCGACCGGGGAAUGAUGGCGGCGCCGGAGGCGGGGGACGGCGGCGGCGGUCGAGGGAAGGCGGCGGGAGGGGGCAGCGACCGCAAGCACCUCUCCUCCAUCGCCAACCACGUGCUGCAUCAGUGUUCCCGGACCUUGAACAAAAGCGUCGAUGAUCUAGUCGUGGACUUCGAACUGGGACUGAAGACUGCUGCACUGGAUAAGUAUUCAAGAAGACUAGUCGAGUAUUGCAGCCUUCAGGCACUCCGGUCGCUAACAUCCCCUGAUCUUGGAGACACGAUCCAUGAGGGAUCGUUUAGCAGGUUCACCUUUGAUAUGAUGCUAGCUUGGGAGACACCCACUCCUUCAGAUCAACAAACUACCAUGGAGAGCAUAUCGAAAGAAAGAGAAGACAGGAAAGAACCCCUUGGAGCAAAUGAAGCUGUGAUGGGUGACGACACAUCACUGUUCUAUUCGGAUAUGAUGCCCCUUCUUGUGAAUGAAGAACCGACUGUUGGAGAAGAUGCAUACGUGUGGUUUGGAUCUGUAUUCCCUUUGGCUUGUGACGUUGUCAACGCCCGAUUCACUUUUGAAGCCCUCACCGCUACCACAGCUAACAGGCUCCACUAUCCUGCUUAUGACAAAUUCCUCAAGGAAAUGGAUAAGUCGUUCAAGUCCUUGCAGAACUUGCCAACUCCAACAGAAGUUGAAUUUGCUGAAGAUGAAUUCAUUUUGGACAUGGAAGGGACAGCGGGAACACAAAGGGUGGUUCGGCACAUUGGAACAACCAGUUGGCCUGGUAGGCUGACUCUGACCAACAAGGCAUUGUACUUUGAGGCUUCCGGCAAAUUAUCUUAUGGACCUGCUUUCAAGGUUGACCUUUCAGACACUGGAAUGGAUCAACAAGUUACAACAGCCUCGACAGGUCCUUUUGGUGCACCAUUGUUUGACAAAGCCAUCGAAUUCACAUCACUACCAGAACCUCUGCUGCUGGAGUUUCCGGAGAUGACCAGCUCAGUACGGCGAGAUUUGUGGCUUACCAUGAUAAGAGAAGUGAUCUUUCUUCACCGUUUCAUAUCCACGUACAAUAUAGAAUCCCCCAUUCACAAAUGGGAGGUACACUCAAGAGUCAUAUUGGGAGUAAUAAGGCUCCAAGCUGCAAGGGAGAUGCUAAGGAUGUCACCACCACCACCUUCUAGCUUCCUAAUAUUCUCACUAUAUGACGACCUUCCAAAAGGUGACUUUGUGCUCGAGCAACUCGCGAAUAAUCUGAAAGAGACAUCGACCAUAACUUCAUUCAGUGCAUCGUAUGUGUUCAAGAGUUUGAAUAAGUCAGAUCCAAUCGCCUUAUUUGCGGAGAUGGCUAAAGAGCACGACAGGGACUCAAGUAGCCAUGAACAACCUUUGACCUCUCUUGGCAACACUAUUGAUCAAGUAAGAGAUGAGGCCAGGGAAGUUACGGUUGCUAAUGCUCCCAUUGAAGGGAUGAAGGAAGAAGGUCUCACUGAUAGCCUUCUUGUAUUAGUGGGAUUGGUAAGCCCAAUCAGCAAGCUGGGUCCAGUGAUCCAACAGGUGACCUCGUGGGAUAAUCCGCCCCUCACGGGCAGUGUCCUUGCUGUAACUUUGCUGAUCAUAUACAACGAGUGGGUUGGUUAUGCGUUGGCGACAGCCCUGAUACUAGCAGUAAGUGCGAUGUUCUGGGCCAGGCAGCGAAAAAUUGGUGAGAUAUGCUCAGAGGUGAUCAUCGACACUUCAUCAGACAAGACAACAAUGGAAAGCAUAGUGGAAGCGCAGCACAACAUGAAGAAGGUGCACGAGUACGUCAAGACUGCGAACGUCGUGAUCCUCAGGCUAUGGUCCAUCGUCCUGGCCAGGUCACCGAAGCACACAGAGACGGUGAUAUGGAUGCUGACCGGGCUCGCCGUGGCGCUGGCCGUGGUGCCAUUCAAGUACGUCCUGAUGGGGCUGACGGUGGCCAUCUUCGUGGGGAACACAAGGGCUGCGAAGGCUGUGUCGAACCCGCGGGGCAGCAGGCGCUGGAGGGAGUGGUGGGAGUCCAUCCCUGCCGUCCCAGUUCAUACGGUUGACAAGGGCGAUCUACGAACAGCUUGA